AGAAAUGGAUUACCACACACUGCGAGACUGCUUAUCGGUUACUGGAGUAGAUUCACCUGUUAAAUCCAUAGCAGCUGGACCAAAUGGACAACUCGUUUUUAAAAAAUCCGCUCACACGUUAUACUACUGUGAUGUGCACGAAAUGUCCUCGUAUACGCUUCAUUUGUCUCAUAUGGAUCCCCUAUAUCAAGACUGUCAGAUCUACGACCUGGCGUUUUGCCGGCGUGGCAGCUUGCUGAUCUGCCUGCAACGAAUGGCGAACGGCGAGUUCUUCAUCUGCGAGGGCACGAUCGACUGCACGGCCCGUGUCGUGGAUGUCACCGGGCCGGUGCACCGAACGAACAUCGUCGCAGCGAAGGGCAAAAGUGUGGUGCUGAUUCGAGAUGAGGCCGGCGUCGUGCUGCUUUCGCAUCCGAUUCGUUGGCAGUCUGCGGGCAAUGUCAUCGAAUUGUUUCACGUGUCGAACUUUCUCGCAAACUCGGUCGGCGACAAGUACACCAUAACGCUGCAGAGCAGGGAAUUUUUUGAUGUAAACUUUGCGAGUCCAUUUAUCUCAAGGAAUCAUCUCUACCUCUUCUAUGCUCACGAUUAUUCAAGGUUCUUGCUUAUUCCUCUUACAGGAACGUCGUGCGGUAAAUGUGAAAUCAGGCGAACGCAAGGGUUGUGUCCCCCGGACGCCUACGUCGGCAAGACUGUGCAGUGUUUCGAGGACUUUGCACUCAUCUACGCAAACCAAAAUGUUCGGAACCUCAGGCCCAACUUCUACUUACUGAAUCUAACAAAUCUUAAUUGGUAUCCUCUCAACCUAAUGCUUUCACAUCAUUUUCCAAACGGAAAUAUCUCCUUACAAAAGUGUGGCGAAGAUGUGGUCUACUUACAUGGAAAUUGCAACUUGUCCAACUGCAUCGAACGAACGCACCUCUAUCAGAUUGACGUCGCACCGCUUUCAGCUCUUCUUAUCCAAAAAAGAAGAUCGAAAUCUCUGAAUGCUUUGAAUCGUUGCUCCGAAUUCUCCAUUUUCGAUGACGGCAAGAGGAGCUCGAUUCACUCGACCGGAUCUGCGGCAUCUUCGUCAUCUGCAUCACCUUCAGUUACCGCCUUAGCCGUGACCCCGAAAAGCGUUUCUCAUACACCAUCACGAUUUCAGAAGAAAGCAGCUAGGGAUGAGGCAAAGAAGCGGUAUUCAAACAAUGCAAAGGGAUCAGUGUCAUCGAUGAGCAGCCACGAAACGCUUUGCGAACCGGAAACGUUAAGACGAUCACAUUCGUCGUCGUCGUUGCACUGGAGCGCUGACAUGGCCGAGCAAGCUUCGAAGUCAUUGCAGAAUCAGCUGAAGCUAGCUCGAGACAUGGGCUACGCUGAAGACGUUAUUUUUGCAGCUUUAGAAACUCAGAAAAAAGAUGAGGAAGGGUUCUACACGCCAUUCGAAAGCACGAAUGCAAUGCUGGACGUACUGAACCGUACCUCAGCUCGUGUAGACUGGUCAUCACACAACGGAGUUGUCGGUGACCGAAGUGAUCAUAACGAUCAGAGGAUCGGUCGUCCAUCUCCGCGGAUAGCGCUUCGUUCCUCGUCCUUCCAUGUACGAUCGCCCACAACCAGUCGAGGCGAAAAUCUGUCUCAACUGCUGCGGACGUUCGAGAGGGAGAAUUUGAAGGACAAAGAAGCAGCCGAAAGUCGUAUUGCUAGACUUAAGACUCGGAUUCACGAUCUGGAGAGAGACACGGAGAAGCUCAAGCAGAACGAACGAGAAAUGCAAGAUCGUCUGCACGAAUUGCAAAGUCGAAACGAGUUUUUGACAUCCGAGAUGGAACGAGCAGAAAGAGAAAAAGAGCAGUUGAAUCAAACUAUUGUCGAAUUACAAGCUGUCACUGAUCGAUUGACACUAGAAAACCUCCGAAACGAACAUCAAGCCAAAGAUCAAAAAGAACUGGCUGAGCAUAGGAAAAAGCAGCACGAUCAGCAGGUCGCUGCUAUGGAAGAAGUGAGUUCAAUUCGCGCUCUCACCGAAAGGUGCACAACAUUAUCAAUCGAGUUGAAGGAAAAGGACAAACAAUUGCGAGAAAAAAGCAGGCGUCUUCAAGAAAUCGAGAACAAAAAUUCGCAAGUGCAGCCGGAAGCUCUUAUGGAAAAAAUAUUGAACGAAUUCCAACUUAAGAAAAUUGAAGAGGAUAGAAGGAAAGAAGCGAAUGAAAUUUUCAACAACAAGAUGGCCAAUUAUCACGAACAGUUGCUGGCAACGUUCCCUCGACUGGAAGAACAACGACGGCGGUUGGAGGCGGAGAAGGAGUGCGCGGUGAACGAAAGCGAACAGCUUCGUCGUCAGAUCUCGCAGUUGAGGGAGAAAAUCUGCGCGGAGUGCUGUAUCUGCCUAGCCAGCAAGCCAUGCGUGCUCUUCCUACCGUGUCGCCAUAUGGUCAUCUGCGACACUUGCCAUGCUGAGUCGAAGAUUGUCGAGUGCCCCGCUUGCAGAACCCGGGUUGGCGACUCGAUGAGGGUCUUUUCCUAAUGCUCAUCGUCAGACGCGAUAGUGCACUAAACUGCUGCUAGAGGUGCUUUCACAAGACACAUACGUACACUAAUCCUUAUUUCUGUGAUUUGUUUUUUCUCGUCAUCGAUAAUCUCUUCCCCUGCCAAUAACAUUCCCUUUCAGAGAUCUUUAUAUGUUGCAGAGCUAUGUAAUAGGUAUUGCUUUGAGCUAAACUCAUUUAUAUAUUUCUAGCAUAAUAAUUUUACUGAAGAAAUUUUUGCUCCAUAUGUGAUUGAUGCUUUCGACUGUCUUCUAUAAGCAUAAAAGAAUGUCC